UUUGAAUACUGAUAGAGGUAAAGGAGUAGUUUUUGUUAUUUGGGAUUUCGGAAAAGAAAAGAAAAUGGUGAAAGAAACUGAGUAUUAUGAUGUUCUUGGUGUAAGUCCUUUAGCAUCUGAAGAGGAAAUCCGCAAGGCCUAUUAUCUCAAGGCCAGGCAAGUUCACCCUGAUAAAAAUCCAGAUGAUCCUCUUGCUGCACAAAGAUUUCAGGAAUUAGGGGAGGCAUAUCAGGUUUUGAGUGAUCCAGCGCAAAGAAAUGUAUAUGAUCAAAAUGGAAAGUCCGGUGUCUCCAGGGAAACUAUGCUUGAUCCAACUGCUGUGUUCGCACUCCUCUUUGGGAGCGAACUUUUUGAAGAUUACAUCGGACAUCUAUCCGUGGCAUCAAUGGCGUCCUCUGAAUUAGUCAGCGAAAAUGACAACCCUGAAAAGGUCCAUGAUAGACUCAAGGUUGUCCAAAAGGAAAGGGAAGAAAAGCUUGCUAGAAUACUCAAAGAUUUUCUACAACAGUAUGUUCGUGGUGACAGAGUGGGAUUUAUACGUCGUGUAGAAUCUGAAGCUGAACGGCUUUCACAAGCAGCAUUUGGAGCUGAGAUUCUUCAAACAAUUGGAUACAUAUACACAAGACAGGCAGCCCAAGAGCUUGGAAAGAAAGCAAUUUACUUGGGAGUUCCAUUUGUGGCCGAGUGGGUACGCAACAAAGGUCACUUCUGGAAAUCACAGCUUACAGCAGCAAAAGGUGCUUUUCAACUGCUGCAACUUCAAGAAGAUGUUCGUCGCCAGUUUAAAAUGGAUGGUAGUGGCCCUGAAAACGACGUUGAAUCCCAUCUAAGAUUAAACAGAGAAACAUUAAUGAAUUCGUUGUGGAAACUAAAUGUUGUAGACAUUGAAGUAACUCUUUUACAUGUCUGCCAAUUGGUGUUACAAGAUGGCAACGUGAAGAAGGAAGAACUCAAGAAACGAGCGGUGGCUUUAAAGAUUUUGGGCAAAAUAUUUGAGAGGGAGAAGUGUGUUGGAACAUCAAAAAAGAAGACAAUAGGUGAUAUAAAUGCUGAGGAAACCAGUUCAGAUAGCAGUGAUGAUGAGGAAGACUCACCAAGAACACUAAAUUAUAGAACUCCUCUACUCACACAGGGAAUUGGUAGACUCUUUAGAUGCCUGUGUAAUCCAGCAUUUGAUGUGGAUGAUGAAGAGAUUGUUUACAAAGGCAAGUCAUAAAUGUAUCAUCUUUGACAAUUCAGAAGGAAGUGCCAUCAAAGAGAUGCUAGUCAUAUUCAGCUUGCAAUACAAUAUUCAUGAUUAACCAAUGUCACAUAAUGUUGCAGUUGAUAAUUGGAGGCGUAAGCCAUGAUUUGUGCAGCUUGUUUGUAAUUGGAAAAACACUUAUUGCCAUUGUGCAAUCUGUAAUGAAAUGUUUGUUUUAAAUGUUUACACAACAAAAGAUUUUCCUCGUAAAAA